CCCUUGGCACCUGACCAAGCUGAAGCUGCAUAAAACUAGGCUUAGUUACAGCUCUCAGUCAUACACCUUCCUGACAACAUGAAGACCAGAAGCUUCUUGGUCCAGAUUGUGGUCCUUCUUGUCCUUGGGACGCUGGUGGCAAAGGCAGAUGUCAUAACAAGUAGUCCGAAAAGUCAAGGCAUUAAGAAAGGAAAUGUUGAAGUCAAUGGAAAGGGUCCAAUCAAUGGUCAAUCGCCUGUAAAAGGACAAGACCCAGUGAAAAGUCAAGAUCCAGUGAAAGGUCAAGGUCCAGUGAAAGGUCAAGAUCCAGUCAAAGGACAAGAUGUAAUUGUAGGACAAGAACGAGCCAGACUUCCAUUCAAGCGUGGCACUUGCCCCAGGGUUCUGAUCCGGUGCGCCUUGUGGAAUCCCCGUAACAAGUGUCUGAUAGAUGCUCAGUGCCCAGGGGCCAAGAAGUGCUGUGAAGGCUUUUGUGGGAAGACCUGUAUGGAUCCCCGGUGAGGUAGAGUCUUCUUGCUGCACCUGUGAUGUCCCCAGGGAGGUAGGCCCCGGUGCCUGCCGCACGACCCUCUCCCAGACUGCCCCUUCUUCCUCUCAUUCAGGAGGCCCAAGCUUGAGCAUGGACUGCCUCCCUCAUGAACUUUCCAAUAAAAGACUGCUUUCAACUCCA